GCCGCUCGCCACCACCACCCCGUCACAAUCUCCAAUCUCAUACGUCGCGACUCGAAUCAGCCUACAGUCCUGCAGCUCAAACCCAGGCUAGAACGACAUACGACGACAAGAUGGCGGAAAUACCUAUAAAGGUCAAGCAUCAAGGCAAGACCCACGAUCUGGAGGUCGACGUCGAGAAUGGCACAGGCGAGGACCUGAAGCUGCAGCUUUAUUCGCUCACUGGCGUGGAGCCCGACUACCAAAAGAUCAUCGCGAAGAAAAUGGUCAAAGACGAUACUCCGCUCAAGUCGCUAGGUCUGAAGCCAGGACAAACAAUCACACUCAUCGGCAAUCCAUCCGACAAGAUUGUGACAGACGCGCCAACAGAAAAGAUCAAAUUCGCAGAAGACAUGACGGAGGCGGAGCUGGCACAACAGGAGGGCGCGAUACCAGCUGGGCUUCAGAAUAUGGGCAAUACUUGCUACGCCAACGCCACGCUGCAAACACUCCGUGCCAUGCCAGAGCUUGUUGAGGAAUUGCGAGGAUAUAAACCAGCUGCGCCUACUGCCGGUCCAUCAUCAUCGCUCUUCUCUGCCGAGCAGCUUGCGCAGCACGGGUUAGGUGGCUUGAGCGGCGGCUCAGACUUGACUUCUGCACUGGGUGAUCUCUUCCAGCAGAUGAACGAGACACAGCAAGGCUUUCCGCCCUUGAUGUUCCUGACAGCACUGCGUCAGAAGCAUCCUCAGUUCGCAGAGAGAGCCAAAAAUGGGCAUGGCUACGCCCAGCAAGAUGCGGAAGAAGUCUGGUCGCAGUUGGUGCAGAACUUGAGAGAUACUCUCAAGCUCAAGGAUGACCCGAACGGUUUCAAGACUUGGGUGGACAAGUAUAUGGGAGGCAAAUUUGAGGUCACGACAACUUGUAAAGAGGCACCAGAGGAGGAAGCAGUCACUAACACUGAAGACUUCAACGACUUGAAGUGCAACAUCAACGUCGAAGUCAACCACAUGCGGGAAGGUAUCAGCAUCGCUCUUAACGAAGAGCUCGAGAAGAACUCGGAGAGCCUUGGACGCACUGCAAUCUACGCACGCCAGUCCAAGAUCGCACGACUGCCCAAGUACCUGCCCAUUCACUUUGUACGAUUCUUCUGGCGGAAGGAUACCGGCAAGAAGGCCAAGAUCCUACGAAAAGUCACCUUCCAGCAUGAGAUCGACGUCACUGAGUUCUGCACAGAUGAGCUUCGCAAGAAGCUCAUUCCUGUCCGCGAUCGCAUUCGGGAGGUACGCAAGGAGGAAGAGGAUGUCGAGCGAGCCAAGAAGCGUCAAAAGCGAAUCAAUCAGCAAAUCGAAGAUGCCUCCAAGGACGCGAAGGUGCGUGGCGACGAGCCACUGCAGAAGAAGCUUCAGAAGGAAAAGGAGCGCGAGACGAAGGCAACAGGCCCUGACACAGAAAGCGACUUGGCCAAGCAGAAGGCCGCCAACGGCUCGCAGGAUACCGCUAUGGGUGGCACAGAAGAGGGUGUCUACAAGACCGAUGAUCAGAUCGAGCAGGAACGCGCAGCGUCUAUCCUCGCGUCAAAGAAGGAACUUCUCUCGCUCGUGCACCCGGAUAUGGCGCAAGACCCAGCAGCAAAUCAAACUGGGCUCUACGAGCUGCGAGGCGUAGUCACGCACCAAGGCUCUUCUGCAGAUUCCGGACACUACACUGCCUACGUGAAGAAAUCUGCUGCCCCUGGCAAAGCCGAAGACGGGAAGUGGUGGUGGUUCAACGAUGACAAGGUGCAGGAAGUGGACAGUGAGAAGAUCGAAACACUCUCCGGUGGUGGUGAGACGCACAGUGCGUUGAUUCUGCUGUACCGAGCUGUACCGCUGCCAGAAGUUUGAAGAGGACGGGUCGCUGUUCUUGCUACGUUUGAUCAUGACGGGGAGCAUAAUGCAUCGAUGAACUUGAGACGAUAGAAUUAUGUUGAACGAGGAAAUGCUGCGCAAGCGCAAUGCAAACGAUAGCU